GCUCCUUCUGCCCCUCGCCCUCCUCAGGCUCAUGCAGGACCAGCACGGCACAGCCGUACCCCACCCCCACCACCCCGGCCGCCUCCGGCGAUAUGACUGCCGUCGGGGCACGCUCCACGGAGGAGCUGGCGGGGGAGACGGCCGCGCCCGCCGAUUCCAAGGCCCUCGGCGCCAGGUUCUCGAAGAAGCCCCCGCUCAUCCCGGGAAGCAGGAUGCGCUCCAGCACGACGGCGACCACCUACGUGCCGUCGGAGCCCGACUGCGACCGAUCCGAGCCUGAUGGAGACGACGCUGGGCUCGACGAGCACGAGAGUGGCGACGUCCAAGCAGAGUCGAAGCUGGCCAAGGGGCCCAGCUUUGCGCUCACCAGCAAGAGGCUCAUCUUCCACACCCGCAUCCACUCCGCUGUGGGCGGUCGCCCUCAGCGGGCACGCUGAGGGGCAUUUGCGAUCUUGCGCUGUAGGAUUUCAUAGUAUCGUCGCCAGCGUGGGUGAUUUCCAUACUCCCCGCGGCAACAGACAGUGGGGUCAAGCUGCUUGUUUUUUAGUAGCAUGAUCUACAGUACGCACUGAGAGGAUUCACAGUGGGAGGGCGGUGUCAUUGCGCGGCCAGCGGGGUUGACAAUUCAUGCGUUGACGAAAGUCAGACGCACCUUCUAGGCUGCGUCGGUCAGAUUGCACCAGGCAGCUACAUCGUUUGGGCUGCACCACAUUCGCUCCACCGAUCCCGCAACACAUGAGUUGCAGAACUUAGCCUGCACCACAGUCCCACGUGCGCGUGCAUGUACGUAUGCAUGUAUAUACACGUGUGUACACAUAGAUGUACAGGUUGCAGUACGCGGGGCCUCACGAACAGAGCGCAGGGGCUCCCGAUUCGGGGCCCGCGCGGACACACGGUCGGUCAUCGGAAGACGGGGCGGCCCGAGGCCAGAGAACACACCUCGCUCAGUGCCGAAUUGGCAGUUCGCGGACCAGGAUCCGCCCUGCCCGCUCUUGAGCGUUGGCGAGCGUACUUCUUCCUCCUAGACUGAUGGAGGGCGCACGAGCCACCCUCGCGUCUGCUGCCGGGUGGCGGGAUGGCUGUGGAACUGGG